CUUGUCCACUAUAAAAUCCCUCACCUUCGCUAUAUUUUUUCUCUGUCAGAGUUCAGCAUUUGGUGUGUCUGGAGAGUCUUGCCCGCCUCCUUCCCUGGGUUCCAUUGUGCAGAUGUCUUUUUAUCUCCAAAAGGGAUCGACAUCCAUUGUUGGGUGCCAUUUUAGCUUCAUGAACCGGGGGAGGCUUUGGUGUACGGGGAAGAUUUUGUUUCGGCAUUGGACUUGACAUACACGGGGUUCCUGAUUUUCUUCUUUUCUCUUCGAUUGUUUUUUCCCUUCAAGUGUUUCAUAUUUGGGGUUCGGGGUUUCACUAGCCAGUCAGAUUUGUUUUCUUCACUGUUUGUGAGAAGAUUGUUGUUUAGAUAGUAGGACGUUGAAGUUACUUGGCUCCGAGGCUUCUUUGUAGAUUUAUUGAUGGCUACGAGAAAAUUGAUUCCUGGGUUUCGAUUUCAUCCUACUGAUGUUGAGCUCCUCAGAUUCUUUCUGAAGAGGAAGGUUAUGGGUAAGAAAAUCCCGGGUGGUGUGAUCGCAGAAGUAGCAAUAUACAAGUACGCUCCAUGGGAUCUCCCAGAUAAAUCUUAUCUUAGAACCGGAGAUUUGGAAUGGUUCUUCUUUUGCCCCAGAGAAAAGAAAUAUGCCAGUGGGGCCAGAAUGAAUCGUGCUACGGAAGUCGGAUACUGGAAAACUACUGGGAGGGAUAGACCUGUUCAUGACAGGGAUCGAAUUGUGGGAAUGAUAAAAACCCUGAUAUUUCACACUGGCAGAGCUCCUCAAGGAGAGAGAACUAAUUGGGUCAUGCAUGAAUUUAGGCUCCAAGAUGAGGAUUUGAUUGAUAAAGGCAUUCCACAGGAUUCCUAUGUGCUUUGUAAGGUUUUCCAAAAAGAUGGUCCUGGUCCAAGGAAUGGUGCACAAUAUGGAAGACCAUUCAAUGAUGAAGACUGGGAUGAUGACGGAGAAAUUGACGGUUUAGGAUCUCUCCCAUUAGUUAGUGUGCAUGCACCAAUUACCAUUUCUAAUACACCUGGCAGUUCUAUAGCAACUUACGGUCAUCCCCCUGCGAGUGUAUGCAUUGGAUCAUCACCAGAGUCAUGUCUUAUGUAUCCUUCAGUUCCAAGUGAUCAAGUUAUACCCAAUGAUGGGCCUCAAGUUCCAGCUGAUGAUGAUAUUGUUGCAAUGUUGGAUUGUUUCACAGAGAAUGACACAGUAGCUGUGAAUGAAAACAACAACGAGGUGCACAGUCUAUUUGCAAUGUUGGAUUGUUUCACAGAGAAUGACACAGUGGCUGUGAAUGAGAACAACAACGAGGAGAAUGGUAACUCUGCUAUGGACAAGGAUACUGAAGAUAUUUUCGAGGACUUGGGAGACCUUAACAAUACAAACCAAAUCUAUGGUGCUGGUAGUAUGUCCAUGGUGUUUGAUGAUUUCUUGGAGUUGCGGGACCUUGGCACCAAUGUCCCGCCAGACUGAACCUGGAAGUGGGGUCCAUUUCUUCCAGAAGAAGAAUGGUCUGUGAAUUCAUAGAUGAGACAUUUUUCACAGUUUUACAUGCUGCACCUUUCAUUUUUAAUUCUAGGAAAAAUGACUUAGCCUCUAAAUUUUUUUCUUAAUUAUCAAUUCGUCCAUGAAUUUUGGAUCAUUAACAAUUCAAUCUCUAUAGUUUCUUCACUGACUUAAUACAUUAUAAGGAUUGAAUUGUACUGAUUUAAAGUUAAAGGACUAAAUCAAUAAUUAAGAGAAAAGUUAUGAACUAAAAAUUAUAUUAUCCUUUAAUGUUAUCAUGACCUUGUUUCUAUUUGGAGCACUUGUAUAAUAAAUGGACAUGAUGUCACCUGAUGUGAAUGUUCAAAUCUGGUUCUUAUA